UAGUUGCGUGCAACACAACCAACGAGAAAAAAAGAUUGAAUAAAGCUUCUCCGCGCAAGAAGCUGCUUUGAUCAACAGGAUGAGGCAAGAAGUCGUGUCAUUCCCAACAAUUCCUGUUGCUCUCUGCAGCCAUGCAUACCUUUUUUUUUUUCUUUAAUAGCACCACGCCAGAGUUGUAUUUCCACAUUCCAUCGGCCUAGACUGAGUUUUUACCUGUUUAGCUUUAACUCUCCUCAUCCCUCCCCUUACCGCCUCUGCACACUUAAGGAGAACACACAAGAAGACGCAAAACUCACGGAAUAAUUUGCACGAAUUUGUUUGAUAAGAAGGGAGAUUGCUGGAUUUGAAGGGAAAAUGGUUUCCAUAUUUUAGAAACCACUCAUGAAAACGCCGACGUAUAGCCCGUGUGGUGUUAGAGCAUGAUAUAUAUAAAAAAAAAAGAUAAAAAUGUAUGAAAGUGAGCUGGAAAUUUGCAGGGGUGCACCAAAAAGCUGCAUCAACCCUAAAAAUCUUAUAUUUGCAUUUAUUUUCCUCUUCCAAAUCAAAAUCCCUUUAUGCAUGCUAAAAAGAGAUUUAAAAAAAACAGGAGUCGGCCAACUUUUGGGUUAUUUAAAAGUUGGGUCAAGUGAACAUUUCUUUGUGAAUGUUUGUUGUACAAUAACGAUUGAUUUGGAGUCACCACCGGCAAUAUUUUAGGUUAAGGGGUGAAAUAAUCCCCAAAAUUGGGUCGUCUCCCAAAUUGGAUUAUUUUUGAUCCAAUUUUUUUUAAAAGUCUUGCCCAACAAUCCAAUGUAAUUAUAUAAAAAUUAGAUCAUUAUGUCUCAUUAUUUUGCACCCUGCAAAAAGUUUCAUUUAGUCAUUCAUGUGCACUUUCUGGCAUCAAAUCUACAUUUCUAACAUCAGUGAAACUCACAUUUACAGUUUCUUUCCACAUUUCCGUCCUCUCCAAUUCGACUCGAGCGGCGAUACACCUGCCACACGCCACCAUUUUGCUUUACGUUGCCAAAUAUAAACAUUGUUGUACGUUUGUAAUGGGCAUCGUGCAGUUGUUUGUUUGUGCAGGUGGGCCUCGUGUUGUGGCUGCUGCUGAGUGUCUAGCCAAAUAGUAAAAGAAAUAUAGAAGUAGGGAGAAGAAGAAGCUCAGGUGGAGUGAAGCGUGAAACACACUUGGAGCUCCACAGAUGCUCAUAUCGCAUGACAGUGUACUGACAAUAUGCAGUGUGUGUGUGUGUGUGUGUGUGUGUGUGUCUGUGGUGCUCUUACUAUGUUUACUAAGCCCGACCAUUUAGUUCAUUCCUUCCAUCCCUUUACUUUCUCUAAAUCUUUCAUUGUACCCUCUUCAUUUACGACGACUGGAGCCUGCAGGUGUUGACUGACAGGCCCAUAGCAACACGCUCGCACACACAUGCACACGUACGCAAACACGCAUAGGCUGAAAUUUCUGCAGCUAUUUCAUUUCUUUGCCUGGAUUCUUAAAUGUGUUGACACAAAUGCAUCCUGGAUUACCCCCCCCCCCCACCCCUACAAUAAAUCAAAAAAUUCAUUGUAAUGACCAAUGCCUGGCAAAACGAUCAAAUUAUAACAACAAUUACCUCUUGAAAAUGUAAAUGCUCAGUGGGGCGGAUUAAAGAAGAGAGUGGGCCAUUUGUGGCCCACGGGCCAUACUUUGCCCACCCGUUACAUAGAGCGCCUUUCAAAGAGGGGCUUUUGGGACGGACAAUACAACUUUUGUGCUAUUUUAGAAGCUGGGGGAAUAUUCGUCGUAUUCCAGCCCAAAGCUUGCAUAUAACACCAACUUGUGGAUGCAGACUGACUCAUCCUGCCUCCCCCCCCCAAAAAAAUGUGAACGCUCCUCUUUUUGCGCGCAAGGAGUUGCGAUGCCGGUGUUUGUUGUUGUUUGGGGGGGGGGGGGGUAUUCUGAGGGGUGGCGGCGGAGAGUGCGGUGCAGUUGAUGAUGAAUGAAACCUCGGAUCACUGCAAGCCCCCCCUCCCACCACCACCUCUUCCUAUUGUCCCGCCGUGGCAAAGUGGGCGGACUGCAAUCGUCUCCGGCCGCCCAAUGGCAGCCGCGACUGCGGAGCCGAGCGCGCACAGGCACUUUUCUGCCAUGCGAGGUCCCUGAACGCAUCACCCACCACCACCGCUGCCGCGCCGCCGCCGCUGCGGAGACAUGUCAGAGCGCACCCCGGCCCCGGUCCCGCUCACUCGGCUACGGCAGCUCGGAGCGGCGUGACUCGGGAGCUGGAUUUUUAUUUUAUUAUUUUUAAAGACAGACCUGGGAUUUAAGAGCAACGGAUUUUUUUUUUUUAAUUAUUUUAAAAAAUUGAAAGUGUGUUUUGCCAUCUUGCUCAUCCCCCGUGCGAGGCGCCUGAGCCGCUUUGGCUCCUCCAUGUCAUCAUGAUCCUGUUCUCGUCGCGCAGUGUUCUGCUGUCAGUCUACUACCCGCAGAUCUUCCUCAUCCUCACCAGCGGCAGCUACCUGGCCCUGUCCUCAGUGGUGGCCCUGGGUGCCAACAUUAUCUGCAACAAGAUUCCCGGGCUGGCGCCUCGUCAGCGGGCCAUCUGCCAGAGCCGCCCGGACGCCAUCAUUGUUGUGGGCGAAGGCGCCCAGAUGGGCAUCAAUGAGUGUCAGUAUCAGUUCCGCUACGGCCGCUGGAACUGUUCGGCGCUGGGGGAGAGGACGGUCUUCGGUCAGGAGCUGCGUGUAGGCAGCCGGGAGGCGGCGUUCACCUACGCCAUCACGGCAGCGGGCGUGGCCCACGCCAUCACGGCGGCGUGCAGCCAAGGUAACCUGAGCCAGUGCGGCUGCGACCGGGAGAAGCAGGGCUACUACAAUCAGGAGGAAGGCUGGAAGUGGGGCGGCUGCUCAGCCGACAUCAAAUACGGCAUCGAGUUCUCCCGCCGGUUCGUCGACGCCCGGGAGAUUAAGAAGACGCCGCGACGCCUGAUGAACCUGCACAACAAUGAGGCUGGGAGGAAGGUUCUGGAAGAAAGAAUGAAGCUGGAGUGCAAGUGCCACGGCGUGUCGGGCUCCUGCACCACCAAGACGUGUUGGACGACGCUCCCCAAGUUCCGUGAGAUCGGCUACGUGCUCAAGGACAAGUACAACGAAGCCGUGCACGUGGAGGUGAUGCGGGCCAACCGGCUGCGGCAGCCCAGCCACCUGAAGGUGAAGCAGACUCAGGGCUACCGCAAGCCCAUGGACACGGACCUCGUGUACAUCGAGAGGUCGCCCAACUACUGCGAGGAGGACGCGGCCACGGGCAGCGUGGGCACCCAGGGCCGCCUGUGCAACCGCACCUCGCCGCACACGGACGGCUGCGACCUCAUGUGCUGUGGGCGGGGCUAUAACACGCACCAGUAUACCAAAGUGUGGCAGUGCAACUGCAAGUUCCAGUGGUGCUGCUUCGUCAAGUGCAACACGUGCAGCGAGCGGACGGAGGUGUUCACCUGCAAGUAGAGGACCGGAGAAAAAGGACCUCUGACGGACACUCUUCACGGCAUCGUUUUGCACACCAGAAUCUUUAAAUCGCUUUCCACAGAGUCAAAUGCAAAGUACCAGUCGGCGACUUCAUGCGAGGAUGUACGCACGGGACCGCCAGAGCCUCACGCGUGGCAAAGUUGUGCCCAAGUGGACAAGGGGGGCGCAUGUUGGGACACAUUUUUCUAAGCAAGGUGCGUUGAGGUGUACCAAAAAAAAUAUAUAUAUAUAUAUAAAUAUAUAUAUGAGCGGAGAACUCUGUGGAAGCCUCUGCUGCCAACUGGAAUAUUAAUGUCGGUCUUCCAGUCACACUGGAACUGUCUGUUCUGAACACUGAAAAAUAAAUUGUUUAUUUAUGUAAUAGUAUCUUAAAAAAACAAAAACAAAGCACUAACGGGUAGAGAUGUCUUUUUUGUUUACUAAGUGUAAAGAAAGUACUUUAGGAGCUCUGACUGAAGCUGUAUGUCUUUUAAGAAAACACCCCCAUCCGACGACCCUUUAUCACCUCAUCUUGUCUUGUUCAAAAGAGCAUCGUUAAAAUGUGUCUGGCAUUCCCAACGCUUUGGCUCUAUUUAAGUGUCGCAUCGUUUGUGUUUUCACGCUCCGUUGCCGGCGCGCACCGACGUCUCGUCGGAUGCUCGGAGCGGCGGGAAUGUUCCUGGAAACUGGAUGAUGUUGUCGAGUGCUGCACUGAUACUUUCUCUUCAGUCGUGCUAAAUAAAAGUCCCCGGUUGGAAAGUA